CCCAACAAAUGGAUUUGCUGGUAUACUGGAAUUUCGAACUCUGAACAGAAGAAUCAGGACAUUUUCUAUCACCAGAAUUCCAGAAAUUGAUUCUCCACUAUCCAUGGAGGAAACCAAUCCGCCCGCCUGUACUACCUUCUCCGACGAUAGUUCGGAUUUAGCCAUCCAACGCAAGCAUGCGGCAAUGCUAGAACGCCUCUCCAACCUUCAUCAGUCGCGCCUGGCUCGUAAACCCGAUUCAGACACGAACUCAGCUCCAGAUUCCACCAAAUCCUUCCUCUCUCGUUUCUCCGAAUCCAAACAAUCAAUUGACUUGGAACUAUCUCGGAUCCACAAAACCCUAGACCCUCAAUCCGACCCGAAUAUCAAAUCGGAACUGGAUAAGGUCUCAACUUCAAUCGCCGAUCUCGAAAAGCAAGUCGCCGAGAGCUCCUACUUCUUGCCCUCCUACGAAGUCCGUUCGUGUCUCAAAACUAUCUCCGAUCUCAGGCAAACCCUAGAGCAGGUUAGCUCUACUGUCAUACCGAAGAAAAAAUUCUCGUUUCGAAACAAAGCAACGAAGAAAGUCACAACAUCCAAUGAUGUCAUUAGGGAAGCCCCUUCUGAAAUUAAUGGCAUUGAAAACGUAGAAUCUCAAAGAUUAGGGUUUAGGGCAGUGGACUCCCCUGGCUUUCGGGACAGGGAAAACGAGGUUUUGGUGAUGGAAUUUGGCAAAGCUGGGGCGGAGGAGAUUGGAGAGUUUAUGCUGUCGGAUUUAAGAGGCUGUGAGGUUAGAUUACUUGGCUGUGUGAGGGCAUUGUUUGUGCACAGGCUGACAAAUUGUAAGGUUUAUGUUGGGCCUGUGACAGGAUCAGUUUUGAUUGAGGAAGUGAAGGGUUGUGUCUUUGUGUUGGCAUCUCAUCAGAUUAGAAUUCAUCAUGCAACAGAGUGCGAUUUUUAUCUCCGGGUGAGGAGUAGGCCUAUAAUUGAGGAUUGCACUGGGGUGAGAUUUGCACCAUACUGUUUGAUGUAUGACGGGAUCGAGAGGGAUCUUGAGAAGGCAAAUCUUGGUGAAGAGUCUGGGAAUUGGGAAAAUGUGGAUGAUUUUCGGUGGUUGAGGGCAGUGCAUUCUCCAAAUUGGUCAGUUUUGCCUGAAAAGGAUAGAAUCAGAAUGGUGGAUAUUUCAAAACUAGAAUAGUGAGUUGCUGUUUGAGAUGUUUUCCUUGUUAUCAAGAUUGGCUUAUUACAACUCUUCAUUUCAUGUUGUAGAGUUAUCUUUCUGUGUUUUGCUGCAAUGGAGAACUAAAACAAGGAUAGAGUGUUAUUCUAUUACAUCCAACUCUUUUUGGUUGAGAGAGUGGUUGAUUUUUCUGCCAAUAAUUAAUGGUUUCUCAUCCAUCCCUACCAAAUUUGUUCUCUUUGAUGAUGUUAAUCUUCACAUGAAGCAUUCUGCAUUCCCCUCAGUCUCAUAAUGAGCUUGUUUUGAUCAUUUGUAGAGGUAGGAGUCAUUUGGAACAAUAUGAUGGGAUUUAAUGAUGAUUGUUGUUUGGUGUGGUCA